AUGGCGGAGAAUGGGGAUGAGAAGACAGAUGAUUCCUCCAUUAAACCUGUGUCAUCGCUGCGUUCUCUGUUUGAAAAUGCUCCUGGAGCAAAGCGUGCGCCUUCAACAACACCUAGAUCCACCUUACGUCACGCCAGUACCUAUGUUGACAAACUCGAGUCGGCGGACGAUGCAAGAUCACGAGCGGAUGGUAGGAUAUCUUUAGACAUGGCUCGGCCUCCUGGGCCAGCCAAUACUGCCUUCAAUAGCUCGUUGUUACGAGCAACCCAUCUUUCGCCUACAACGAGAGCACCACAAGAUCUACAAUUUUCGUCAUCCAAGCCGCGACCGCUGUCUAUGGGGCCCAUGUCCCCUCCUCGAUCGCCGCCAAAAGUAACAGUCGACUCGCCAAAUUCUCCAACGAAGAAGCCCAACCGUAAUGCUUACUUCACGCCUGCUCGUUAUAGACCUGAAAACACCAAUGCGACCGAGAGACAUGGCACACAGAAGCCGCUGCGGACGCAUUCUCCUUCAGGAGCGCGGCACUUUCGGAUACCGAGCCGGGCCACAACCCCUUUUCUAGAGAGCCAUCAUGCGCCGUCGGUACAGCCUGUUGCCUCAGCUGAACUUUCUAAUUCCUCCAAGAAUCCGCUCCACGCUGAACGAGAUACUCAGCAUCCAGCUCUCAAACCUUCUCCUAUACCUCCGCCAAUAAAUAGAGCAGGAAAACCAAAGAUCCCUGCCAAUAAGCUCAUGGCGAUUGAGUGUACGCAGAAGGACCUUCAAGUGCCACUUAAGAAAGCCGAGGCCGCCGAUGAGGGCAUAUCACCAUUCAGUACUCCUCCUAGCAGCGACACGAGUCCACAUAAUUCGCCGCCCUUUGCUGACCAAACCUCGAAGCCUCGUCAUAAUGGUUCCAAGUACACGGCGUCGAGUAGGAGCGAGUAUUUUCCACAGUCUAUUCCGCAGCGCCAUGAUCAGAAGCCUACGAUCUCGCCAUCUUCAAAUACCGUUGGGAGGGCUGUUCAGCCUACGAAGUCGAAGUAUGAAGCAAGUAGUAAAUCAUUUGACGCAGAAGAUGGUACAGAUGAGAGACCUGACUUGCCACCGCGACGCGAGCUCACGAAUGCUGAGACUCGCAAUGCUUCAGCCAAACUUCGCCCGCGAGCGCCUGAACCUCCUCCACCUCGUAGGUCGAUGGACACAAUGCGCCCACCUCCAAUAGAACAAAAUCAAAGGCAUGCGCCCGCACCGCAGCGAAACUCGGCCGUACCAUACAGUCAAGUAUCUGCACUAAACCUAGCGCACAAUGCAUCGACGGAGGCAAUGAAAAGUAAUGCUUCUCUACCCUAUGAUUCUGACGAUGUCAGUGAUGCAUUGGAAAGGACUGGACAGCCAUCUGUCGACUAUCCAAACUCUUCAGAGGCUAACAGGCGACCCCCAUUGUUCCGUAAAGGUCCCAGUGAAAUCCCGACCAAAUAUGAAUCAAAACUUUUUGGGGUGUGUGGCGAUUAUAUAUGUACUACUGGAUACGUGACACGUGUCUGGGAUGUCUUGACAGGCCAGAUACUCGUCAGCUUAAGUCACGGGGAGACUGUAAAAGUCACCGCUAUGGCGUUUCGACCUGCAGCUGACGUCGAAGACGAGGGCAAGCGUAUCUGGCUGGGUACAAAUAUUGGCGAGAUUCACGAGAUCGACGUCCCAAAUAAUGUAAUUGCCCAAACUAAGCGCAAUGCUCAUACCAACAGAGAGAUACUCAAGAUGUAUCGAUGCGCGGCAGAGAUGUGGACUGUCGAUGACGAUGGGAAACUCCAGGUGUGGCCAUCUGAUGAGUCCGGGUCACCAUCCCUAAACCAGAUGCCUCACAGCUUUCGGGUGCCCAAAGGCCAUACCUUUUCUAUCGUAGCUGGCUCCUGUCUAUGGUACGCGACUGGCAGAGAAAUUAGGGUAUUCCAGAGAGACAGCGUCCAUCAUACAUUUGCACCCCUGUUGCAGACAUGCCUCAGUCAAACUAACGUUGGUGAGGUCACUUCUGGAGCGAUGAUACCUAGCCAGCCUGAUCGAAUAUAUUUUGGACACAAUGAUGGUAAAGUCACAAUAUACGACCGAUCGGACUACACUUGCCUAGGAGUGGUCAAUGUCAGCGUAUACAAGAUCAGCUCUCUUGCUGGAAUUGGCGACUACCUAUGGGCCGGGUAUUAUACUGGCAUGAUCUAUGUCUACGACACGAGGUGCACGCCUUGGAAAGUGAAAAAAGACUGGGUGGCGCACGACAAAGCAAUUCACGGCGUUUCUGUUGAUCGCACUAGCAUCUGGAAACUUGGUCGACUCCAAGUUGCAUCGUUCGGCGCAGAUAAUAUGCUACGAUUGUGGGAUGGUAUGCUACAGGAUGAUUGGCUGGACGACAAAAUGCAGCAGUGCGAUCAAGACUACUGUAACUUUCGCGAGAUAUCUGCUGUGGUAAUGACCUGGAAUGCAGGGGCAAGUAAACCUACAAGCCUGCGGCAUGAUCCGCGAGGCACUGACUUCUUCAAAAACCUUCUUACAACACAGGACACCGUGAAGAGCUUUUUUAAGAGCAAAAAGAAAGACUCGUACGACCAAGAGCAUAUUGGCCACCAAUACAGAGCUUGGAGAGAUCACCUUGUCCGCUGUAUCGACGACUAUAUGCCAACCGAUACCCCAUAUGUUCUUCUCCAUUCGUCAAACCUGGUGGGGCUCUUCACCUGCGUCUUUGUUAAAGCAUCGGAGCGAAGUCGUAUACGCGAGGUUUGUGGUGCCGAGGUCAAACUUGGCAUGGGUGGACUUCAUGGCAAUAAGGGUGCAUUGAUUGUGCGAUUCAUACUCGAUGAUACUUCCAUGUGUUUGAUCAAUUGCCACCUAGCAGCGGGACAGACACAAACAGCACAUCGAAACAAAGACAUCGCUCAGAUCCUGGAGGCCUCAGCACUUCCAUUCCAACGUGACGAAACAGCUCGCUCUGAAGUCUUCGUAGGAGGUGGAGAUGGGUCUAUGAUUCUUGAUCAUGAGAUUUGUAUUCUGAACGGGGACCUAAACUAUCGCAUUGACGCCAUGGGACCAGAUGCAGUGAAGAGAGCGGUACAGCAGAACAAUCUUGCAAAGUUGUUGGAGCGCGACCAACUACUUCUUUCGCGAAAAAGAAAUCCUGGCUUUCGAUUGCUUGCAUUCAAUGAGUCACCCAUCACGUUUGCACCUACAUACAAAUACGAUGUUGGGACGGAUACUUACGAUACGAGCGAGAAGAAACGCUCGCCAGCAUGGUGCGAUCGACUACUCUAUCGGGGCAGAGGCAGGAUACGGCAGCUUGAUUACAAGCGGCACGAAGUAAUGACUUCAGACCAUCGGCCAGUCAGUGGAAGAUUCAAUAUCCGUGUCAAAAUGAUCGACAAGCAGAAGAGAGGCGGCUUAUUGAAACGAUGUGAAAAGGAAUUCGAGCAGGUGAAGCAGCGAAUUGCGAUGGAUAUCAAGCUUGACUAUCUCGUCAAUGUUUUUGGCUUAUCUCACAAGGAAGCCAAGAAACUUCUCCUACAGUGA